AUGGAAAUGCCCAACGACGAACGAGAUGAAACGACACAAAGAAGGACGAUCAUCAUCAUAAAAUUAUGGGAACUUCAAAACUAUUUUAAUAUCAACGAGACAAUGCGGAAGGAAUUGCAGAUGUUUCAUUCAUUCGUGACAACAAUUAGCAUCGAAUGGGCAAUAAAACGAAACAAUUAA